AUGUUUAUCGGAGAAGGCUCGGGGCAAUGUGAAUAUAUUAUUGCUGGGAAAAUCUCGUCUCCCUCGUGCAAAGAGCUUGGAAUACCACGUGAUGAAAAACAAACCGCCGGCUUCCAACAAAUCCAGGAUACAUGUACAUCCAUAAAAACUGACAGUAUUAAAAACAAGAUUAAUUCUGCUCUUAAAGUAGACCCAUUUUCGCCGUACUGCAUGAUUCCACUUCCGGUGCCGUUUGGAUCAAGUCUUUUUGACUCUACCUGCAUCAGACGACGCAAUGAACGCGAGAGAGAACGCGUAAGAAAUGUGAAUGAAGGAUAUAUAAGGCUUAAAGAACAUUUACCUAUCAAAAAUAAAGAUAAGCGAAUCAGCAAGGUUGAAACGCUUCGUGGUGCCAUACGAUACAUCAAGUAUUUACAGACGCUCUUAGGCGAAGAAGAGGACUCAAGAAACGUUGAAGACAGAAUCAGGUGUGAGUAUUCAACGGAAUCGAUUCCUCAAAUAGAUGACCCUGAAGCUGAAAAUAAUGACAUGUUUUCGCAAGGUACGAUACCUGGAGACACAGACAGUGAAACUGAGACGUCAUAUAUUUCUUCAGAUUCUGCAGACAUUCUCUCUGAUGGAGAAUGCAUCUAA